GAAGGAUCCAUCUGAGUUUUGUUUUUGACCCGAACAAACGGAGAGAACUCGUAAAGCAGAAGAAAAAGCAUUCGUAAUCCACACUUCCAAUCUCCGCCAGGGGAAAAAGCGGCAGCGGUAAAAAGUUCAUUCCGAUGGACGGCGGAGCGAGCGGCGCGGCACCACCGACCGACACGGAGAUGUCGGAUGCGCAGCCGGCGGCGGCAGCCCCUCCCGCCGACCCGAACCAGCAGGUCCCGCCACCUGGAGGGAUCGAUAACAUCCCGGCGACGCUCAGCCACGGAGGCCGGUUUAUCCAGUACAACAUCUUCGGCAACAUUUUCGAGGUCACCGCCAAGUACAAGCCUCCAAUCAUGCCUAUCGGAAAGGGCGCCUACGGAAUCGUCUGCUCGGCUUUGAACUCGGAGACCGGGGAGCAUGUGGCGAUAAAGAAGAUUGCCAAUGCUUUCGAUAACAAGAUUGAUGCCAAGAGGACGCUUCGCGAGAUCAAGCUGCUUCGUCACAUGGACCACGAAAACGUUUUGGUGCAGGUGGUUGCUAUCAGGGAUAUAAUUCCUCCACCCCAGAGGGAGGUAUUCAAUGAUGUGUAUAUAGCAUAUGAAUUGAUGGACACGGAUUUACAUCAGAUUAUCCGGUCGAAUCAAGGAUUGUCAGAGGAGCACUGCCAGUAUUUCUUGUACCAGAUUCUUCGUGGAUUGAAAUACAUCCAUUCAGCAAACGUCCUGCACAGAGAUUUAAAACCGAGCAAUCUUCUCCUGAAUGCAAACUGUGACUUGAAGAUUUGUGAUUUUGGGCUUGCUCGUGUUACCUCUGAAACUGAUUUUAUGACUGAGUACGUCGUUACAAGAUGGUACCGAGCUCCGGAGUUGUUGCUGAACUCGUCUGACUAUACUGCUGCUAUUGAUGUGUGGUCGGUCGGUUGUAUUUUUAUGGAGUUGAUGGACCGGAAGCCCCUGUUUCCUGGCAGAGAUCAUGUCCACCAGCUUCGCUUGUUAAUGGAGCUCAUUGGCACACCUACGGAGGCCGAGCUAGGGUUCCUAAAUGAAAAUGCAAAGAGAUACAUUCGACAGCUUCCUCUCUAUCGGCGACAAUCAUUCACUGAGAAGUUUCCAACUGUUCACCCAUCAGCCAUUGAUCUCGUCAAAAAGAUGCUGACAUUCGAUCCCAGACAGAGAAUAACAGUUGAAGACGCACUUGCUCAUCCGUACUUAAACUCUCUCCACGACAUCAGUGACGAGCCAGUGUGCAUGACUCCAUUCAGUUUUGACUUCGAGCAGCGUGCACUGUCCGAAGAACAGAUGAAGGAGCUGAUUUACAGGGAGGCCCUGGCAUUCAACCCCGAUUACGACUCUUCUUCAUCUGCCUUCGAUCCAGGUGCCUUCCAAUGAUUCUUCUCCCUUUGUAUUGUUUGUUUUUCAGGUAAUUCACCUUUUCCCCCCGAUUUUCCCUUUUUGGUUGUUGUUGUUGUUGUUGUUUCCCUUCGAUGUACAUAAAAAUGUUCCCCCUUCCAAGCAUCUAAAGGUUGAUAGGAACUAGCUCACCCGCUGCCCUGGAUAUAUUUGUGUUGUUUGUAACAUUUGUUCCUUUUUCUUGUCCACCCCUUUGCUUUGUUGAUUGAAUUGCCCCAUCUUUGGGAAGAACGGUAUGUGGAUCAAAUUGCAAAAUCGUACUAAUACCAAUUUUCGGGAUGCUCUCUCUCCUAGGGUUAACAUGUCACUGAAUGUGAAAUCAUUCGACUUCUUAGUUACCAUCCCUAGUUCUUAUCCUCAUUCCAUCAGUUAGACAUCAUCCGAUGUGGGUCACGACCGAUAAACCGUUUGGAUUCGUUUCGAUCCCUGUAUACAAUCUUUGGCCGGAAUGAAGAGGGUUGAAAUUUGUUUGCGGAUCAGAUUGUUUGGUUGGGUGUAUGUGGAACAGUGCAUUUGUAAUAGCAUGUAG